AUGGUAUUGGACAUUGGCGAUUCAUCCUCCAAAGCUCACAGCCAUGAGACAGAAGACCACCUAUCCCCUGAACUGAAAGAAGAUAGUUUUAGUGAUAGAGAAGAUGAAGAUGAAGAUUAUGACGGAUUGACAGAUUUUGAUCAUGAGAAUUUGCCAACGAACGUGCAAAGCGACAGGGAACGCACCACUUCGAAUAAUCUCGCCAACAUCGGAAACUCUCUUCCAGCAUGUGUGUGUGUAAUGGAUCACAACAGCGUCAACCAUACUGACAGUUGCAACCACAUCAGCGUCAGCCAUACUGACAGUUGCAACCAUACAGGCAGUUGCAACCACAACAGCGUCAACCAUACUGACAGUUGCAACCACAACAGCGUCAACCAUACUGACAGUUGCAACCACAACAGCGUCAACCAUACUGGCAGUUGCAACCACAUCAGCGUCAGCCAUACUGACAGUUGCAACCAUACAGGCAGUUGCAACCACAACAGCGUCAACCAUACUGACAGUUGCAACCACAACAGCGUCAACCAUACUGACAGUUGCAACCACAACAGCGUCAACCAUACUGACAGUUGCAACCACAACAGCGUCAACCAUACUGACAGUUGCAACCACAACAGCGUCAACCAUACUGUCAGUUGCAACCACAACAGCGUCUACCAUACUGACAGUUGCAACCAUACAGGCAGUUGCAACCACAACAGCGUCAACCAUACUGACAGUUGCAACCACAACAGCGUCAACCAUACUGACAGUUGCAACCACAACAGCGUCAACCAUACUGACAGUUGCAACCACAACAGCGUCAACCAUACUGAUAGUUGCAACCACAACAGCGUCAACCAUACUGUCAGUUGCAACCACAACAGCGUCUACCAUACUGACAGUUGCAACCACAACAGCGUCAACUAUACUGGCAGUUGCAACCACAACAGCGUCAACUAUACUGGCAGUUGCAACCACAACAGUGUCAACCAUACUGGUAGUUGCAACCACAACAGUGUCAACCGUACUGGUAGUUGCAACCGCCAUAGCGUCAACUAUACUGGCAGUUGCAACCACAACAAUGUCAACCGUACUGGUAGUUGCAACCACAACAUCGUCAACUAUACUGGCAGUUGCAACCACAACAGCGUCAACCGUACUGACAGCUGCAACCACAACAACGUCAACCUUACUGGUAGUUGCAACCACAACAGCGUCAAACAUACUGGCAGUUACAACACAACAGCGUCAACCAUACUGGCAGUUGCAACCACAACAGCGUCAACCAUACUGGCAGUUGCAACCACAACAGCGUCAACCAUACUGGCAGUUGCAACCACAACAGCAUCAACCAUACUGGCAGUUGGCAACCACAACAGUGUCAACCAUACUGGCAGUUGCAACCACAACAACGUCAACCUUACUGGCAGUUGCAACCACAACAGUGUCAACCAUACUGGCAGUUGCAACCACAACUGCAUCAACCAUACUGGCAGUUGGCAGUUGCAACCACAACAGCGUCAACAAUACUGGCAGUUGCAACCACAACAACGUUAA